UAAAAUUAAAUAAUUUUAUUGAAAUAAAUUAAAGUGAGUGAUAAAAAUAAAACAUAACUCAAAAUUGAGUGAUUCUAGCCGAAAAAAUUUAUAUAGAUAUAUGUGGUCGUGUUUAGAAUUCAAAACUCAAGAUGAAGAGUCAAGCAUGAUUUUACCUUUCGUGGAUAUUCACAUCACUUGUUUAAUUUUUAUAUCUAGUUAAGUCCACAGACAUGGAUGUUGUGACUUGUAUCGCUGGAAAAAUUGGAGAACUCUUGGUUGAGCCAAUCGGGAGACAGAUUGGCCAUUUUAUUCACUAUACAAGUAACACUGUGAAACUCCAGGAGCAAGUUAAAAUACUUGAAGGAGUGAGGGAUGACUUGCAGGUAUCUGUUGAUGCAGCAAAGAGGAAUGGUGAGGUGAUCAGAAAAGAGGUUCGGAAUUGGACAUCAAUGGUUGAUGGGAUUCUAUCAGAGGCUAACAAACUUCUUGGAAAGGCUUCCAAAGUAAGGUUUCAUAAUUUGGCUUCACGCUAUCAGCUAAGCAGGAAAGCAGAAGAGAAAACAAUGGAAAUUGAAAAACAGAAAAAUGAAGGCAAGUUUGAUAGAGUUUCCAAUCCUGCACCUCCGCCACCAUUAUUGUUUCCAUCUCAAGAAGAUAUUGUGAUUUUCGAAAGCAGAGAACGACAAGUAGAGGAGAUUAUGGAGGCCUUGAAGGACAACAAAACCAACUUCAUUGGGAUAUACGGAAUGGGAGGGGUGGGUAAAACUACCCUGGUGAAACAAGUUGUUAAAAGGGCUCAACAAGACAGGCUGUUUCCUACUAUUGCAAUGGUUGUCGUGUCACAAACCAUUGAUGUGAAAAAGAUUCAAGACCAGAUAGCAGAGAGUUUGGGUUUGAAAUUAGAUGAGGUUAACGAACAAAAUCGAGUAAGCCGGUUGCUGGCUAGAUUGAAGGAAGAGAACAAAGUGCUCAUUAUCUUGGAUGAUAUUUGGGCUAGACUCGAUCUUGCAACUGUGGGCAUUCCACUUGGCCAUGAUCAUGCAGGUUGCAAAAUUAUUGUCACAACACGUCGUAAACAAGUGUGUGACACUAUGGUCGACACAAGGAGUGAGACUGCAAAGGUCAUCCCUAUUAAUAUUUUAUCUGAAAAAGAAUCAUGGGUCUUGCUUAAAAAGAAUGCAGGCGCUGAGAUUGAGUCUCUGACUUUGAAUUCUUUUGCAAAAGAUAUUCUCAGAGAAUGUGGAGGCUUGCCUAUAGCUCUUGUAACAGUGGGAAGGGCAAUGAGAGGCAAAGAUCCUGAUGAAUGGCAAGAGGCAGUUAGAGAGCUAAGGAAAUCACAGUCAGAAACCAUUGAAGGGAUGGAUGAAGAUGUGUACAGAUGUCUUCAGUUCAGCUAUACUUACCUGAAAGAUAAGAAAGCCAAGAAAGUUUUCAAGUUAUGUUGUUUAUUUCCUGAGGAUUUUAACAUCCGUAUAGAAGACCUGGUAAGAUAUGGGUUUGGAUUGAAAAUAUUUGAAGAUAUGAGAAUGGAGGAUGCAAGACGAAGUGCUCAUUCCAUCAUAAAAAAUCUCAAAGAUUCUUGUUUAUUAUUGGGAAGUGAUGAGGAAGGCUGCGUAAAAAUGCAUGAUGUCGUGCGUGAUGUUGCCUUAUCAAUGGCAUCAGAUUAUUUUGUUAGAGAUGGUGUCAAAAAGUUGGAGGAUUGGCCAGAUAUGGAAGAGAUGAAGCGUUAUACUGGCAUCUCAAUAAUGCAAAAUGAGGUUUCUCAAUUUCCCGAUGCUUGGGAUAGCCCAAAUCUCAAGAUAUUAUUGAUGGAUACUGAAAAAAGUCGUUCUAGUUCACGUCCUUUUUGGGAGAAGGCGAUGCACAUGCGAGCAACGGUCUUAAAAGGGAUGAAAGCCCUUCAAGUUUUUCAUCGGAGAGAUAGUAGUAGGAAAAGUUAUAUAGCACUAUCUUUUCGGUUCUUGCAACUAGAAUUUAGUCAAUUAACCAAUCUUCGGACGUUGAUGCUUCAGUAUUAUAAGAUUGUUGACACCACUCCAAUUGGGGAGCUGAAGAUGCUUGAAAUUCUCAGCUUAAAGAAUUGUGAGUUCCUAAAGCCAUUCAAUACAAUAGGGAAGUUGACUAAUCUAAGGUUACUGGAUGUGGAAUUUUCUUCUCUUCAUGGCGUCUCUUCUUCCAUAUUUCCAAUCAAUGCUAUGUCUACUCUGUCCCGAUUAGAAGAAUCGUACUUCCUUUCUUUUGAUAUGUUAAGACCCACAAAGUACCCAUUUCCCCUUUCUCCAUUCCUUCAUAAUUUUCGAUCCUUCGAUGACUUGAACAUAACAGUUUUGAAAACCCUUUCUCGCUUGACCACCCUUAAUAUUCACAUUCAAACCAUUCCCGAAGGUUUUAUGUUCCCAGAUUUGAAGGUAUUCAAAAUUCAUUGGGGAAGCCGGAUAUGCAUUAGAGGAAAAGAAAAGCUGAUUAAUGCAUUUUUAUCUCAAGUUGAAGGAUUUAAUUAUUUGGGUCUUUGUGAAUUCGGGGGCGGGAGUAAUAUCACAAUUUCAUCACUAGUUUGUAUGAAGCCAUUAAUGCCAAGAACAAAUUUUCUGUAUUUAGAUUCACUUGAGGAGUUAAAGAACAUCAAUCCUUGCUUAUUAUUAGGUGGUUUAGAUGCUUUGAAGAUACUAGUGAUUGUCAAUUGUCCUAGUUUCGCUGACUUGAUCAACGCUGAAGAGUUCCUUGGAAGGUAUGCUUUGUUGCCGGAACUGGAAGGACUGUGUUUUGAGGAUUUGGACACCUUCAAAGCAUUAUGCAAUGGUGAAGUACCUCCUGGAACUUCCUUGUCCAUGAGGAAGCUCAAAUACUUGGCCUUUUUUAGAUGUCCAGAAUUGUUGAAUAUUUUCACUUUACCCAAUCCACAGCAAGAAUUCGAGCAACUCCAAGUUCUUGAAGAGAAAGGAAUGAAGAACAUAUCGAAGGGCCCCACUGAGCUGUUGCAUCUGCCCAAGCUACAAAUCGUAUGCAUUAAUGGGUGCCAGAAAUUAAAAGUUUUAUUUCCUGCUUCUAUUGCUCAAGGACUAGAGCAGCUGAAAGAACUUGAAUUAGAAGAUUGUGAUCAAUUAGAAGCAAUUGUUGCAGAAAGGGAAGAAGAGGAAAGGAGGAUUGACAAAGUGGUGUUCUCUCAAUUAAUAAGGAUUAGGUUAUACAAGCUUUACAAUCUUAAAGCUUUUUGCAUGGAUAACUUACCUUUGAAAUGGCCAUCCUUGGAAGAGUUAUCUGUGGACUCUUGCCCUAAAAUGAAGACAUUUGCUGCAUCUGAUGAAAACCAGAUCACACCGAAGUUGAAGGAGAUCAAAAUAAAUACCAAUUACAUAAAGUUUGAUGGAACAAACUUAAACACAAUUAUGAAAUAUCACAACGAAUAUGAGAUCCAAGCGAUGAACAACUGAAGAUGUGUCCAAUGUUAGAAGGCAAGACAAAUAAAAAAAGAGGUGCAAGGUUUUUAAUCCUUACAUCAUUGCAGCAAGGAGGUGGCAAAUGGGCAGCAUGGAAUACUUUAUAUUCAUAAAAUGUUCUUAGACAUUAUUUAUUACUUGUGCUGUCAAUAUUAUUUUCAUACGUUUAGCGUAUCAUAUUUGUAUGAACUGAACAAUAAAUAUGUUACGUUUUUUAUUAUUAUUUAUGGAUUUCAAAU